AUGGACAGUGAAAAGAAAAAAAGCGCUAAGAGACGUUCCUUGGAGGCCGGCAGAGAAAUGCUGGCCAGAUAUAAGGAGUCACUUCGAAAUAUUGAUACGAGUCAAACUGGAGAGCCUUCUGAUGAGAGUUUUGUCCUCAAUGAUACACAGCAGUCUGUUGAUCCACAAAGCUUUUUGAUGCUUGAAGAUACUUCAUGUAAAGACACAACACAGAGCAGUAUCAGUAUGAGCGAAGGAGAGGGUGAUGGCGAUAUUUACGGUAUGGCGGGUCGUGUAGCUGAGUUGAAGGAAGUUAUGCAAGGUAAAGAGGCUAUGAUUGAGUCAAUGAGUACAGAAUUUGAAAACAUGAGGGCUGAAGCUGGUUCUCCGAAUUCCUCACAGAGUCAGAACAGCAGCACUCAAUACAAAGACCUUUUUAAUGCAUACAGAAGUAAAUUUUUUGAGUUCGAGCAAGCAAUAAAGGAGCGUGAUGACUAUAUCAAUCAUUUGACUGUACUAUUGGAGCAGACUUUAGCAUCUAGAGAUUCAUUAAAAACACAAUUGACUGCUUUGAAACCUAUUUCUGUGCCUCGGAGUGAUGCUGACGGACCACUGGAUGUUGAUAAAAAGAUUCAAGAUCUAGAAGAGGCUUUAGGUAAUCAUGUAGAAGUUGUUCAAAAGCUUAAUGAACAAUUACUUGACUCUCGCAAACAAAUAGAUCAACUGGAAGUCGAUAAAAAAUCGCAGGAUGCUGAAAUAGUUAGUUAUAAAUUCACCAUAAAUAAACUCAAUGAAGAUCUACAGAAAUAUUCAGAGAUGAUGAAUAUGUAUGAGGAGACAAAAAAUACUAUUACAAAAAGAACCGAGUCGGUGAUUGCAAAAUUCAAGACUGAACUAGAUGAUCAAAAACAGUUACAUGAACAGCAAAUCAAAGAGCUUGACGGUAAUCAUCAAACAGAAGUAGCAAAAAUUAAACAACGUUAUGAAGAACAGUACAAAGGAUUAUUUGAGCGUUUUAAUUCUGAGUUACCAGCGCUUGAGAGUAAACACUCCAAAGAGUUGCACGUUUUUCAAACUCAAUUAACAACUUAUAAAAAAACUGUGAAUAAUCUUAAAACUGAUUUAGAUAAUCGAAUUAAAUCUGAACAAUUAGUAAUGUCUGAUUUGAAUAAUGCUAAGAGACAAUUGAUGCUCUGUCAACAAGAUAAAGAAAUGCUUGAGGAACAGAUAAAAUUACACAAAGUACAAGUUGAAGAGUUAACUGUUAAAUACAUGGCUGCUAGCAGUGUUUUGAACUCAAAAGAAAGCAUUGAGAGAUCUUUAGAAGAAGCAUUGAUUAAUGUUGAGACACUUAAGCGCGAUUAUGAAACACUUCAAUCAAAGUAUGAUGAUGUGAGUGCUAAAUACGCAGCAACACAGUCUUUGAUUGAAAAUACACAAUCACACGAAAGAGCUAUGAAUCACAGAGGGUUUGAAUAUGAUAAAUCGUUGUCACGUAUGAGUGGUCUCAAUGCUAGUUUUGCUAGUGAAAUAAAUGCUACAACUUAUCAGACAUUUGAUGAUUUUAGUAUUCAGUAUGAGAUGAUGAAGAAACGGUUGGAAGAAAAAGAUUCAUUAGAAAAAAAAUUAACUGAUAAAAUUAGUGGUCUUGAGGAUAAAAUUUCCAAAAUCACCAAACAGCUAGAAGAGACCAAUUUAGAGAAAGAGUCUUAUGAAAAACAAUUCAAGGAUGCUAAAAAUAGGUGUGAUAAAAUGAUGUCUGAAUUAAAAACAAUGAAAGAAUCAAACGCUACAGUACCUCAACCUUUUCCCAGUUCUAUUUAUUUCCCUGAUGUUAACUCUACAUCUUUAAAUGAUUCUUUGUCGGAGCAAAAGGAUAUUCGCAAUAAUUCGAACAAAAUAGAGUCUUUUAAGAGGGAGAUUGAGGAGUUGAAGCAGGCUCUUCAACAAAAAGAUCAGGAGCUCACCGAAGCGGAUACUAAGCUUCGCAAGGCUAUGGAAAAAAUUAAACAGUACAAAGCUGAGUGUGAUCAAGCUAAAAGCGGACUUGCCCGAGCUUGGGAGCAUUGUGCUGAAGUUGGUGAACGUUUAAAUCAAACACUUGCCAUUAAUGAAAGUCGUUUUACUGAUUCAAUAAUGACGACCUUCAGUAAUAAUAAUAAUACUACUACCAAUGAUCUAAUCGAUCAGUUGGAAGAGUCUAGUGAUAAAAUUGCCAUCUCUUCUUGUAAGUAUGAAGAUGAGAGUAUUAUUAGUGCGUCAGAUAAAAUUUCUAGUCUUAGUCAUUUGGGAAAGCAGCUGAAUUGUUUGCAUGUUCGAACGGAAAAUAUUGAAUUGGAAAAUCAAAAAUUAAAAGAAGAAAAUACGGAGCUUUUGAGAGCCCGAGAUAAUUGGGAAAAACUUAAAGCUGAUAUGGAAAAACUUCAUGCUCAAGAAAUGGAAGAAGUGAGAAUGUAUUUUGAGGACAAGUGCAGGCAAAUAGAAAAACAAUAUUCUGAGGAUGUGUUUAGUCAACAAUCAAAAAAAAUGUCUGAUGACAGUGAAGUUGAAGAAAUGGCUGAUGACUUGUAUUGUGGAGGCGGUGGUGACUGUAUUGUUAGUAUUAAUAAUAAAACUGUUGAUAACUCCAAAACUGAAGUGACAGCUGAUCGUCAUAUUAAAUGUGAAGACUUGAAUCGCAAUUCUAUUCUUGAAACUCAAGUACACCAGCUUUGUCAAACAGAAUUGGAUGCUGCUGUCGAGAGUAGCGAGUUAACCGAGCUACGGGCUGCCUACAGCCAGCAGCUUGCGGAACAAAUUGCACUCGCCAAAUGUGACAUUGUCAACGCACUCCAGGAACAAAUUCAGGCAAUAGUAAGCGCUGAAUCAUCUUCGGAAGAAAAUUGGCCACCAGAACUUCUGGAACUACGUAAUAAAUUUACCAACAAUGCAAAGCGUGAUAUAGAAAAAUUGAAAAAAGAUCAUUUGCGUGAAAUAAAUCAAUUGAAGGAAGAACACUCACGUAAUUUAAGUAAAACAAUUGAACGUUACCAAGAAGAAGUUAAUAAAUUAAGUAUUGAAAUUAAGGCUUGUAAUCAAAAUAAACAUGUAAGUUUAGUAAAUAAUGAUGAUAAAUCCAUCCAACGGGAUAAUUUAUAUAAAACAUGUGCGACACUUAAGAGUUCAGUAGAAGAACUCAUUAAAUAUUUUGCUAGUUGUGAAGAGGAAUUAAAUAAUAUAUUAAUGACCCAAGUAUUAAAACGACAAAUAUCAAACAUUAACAAUUUAACAAAUGAUGAAACAGAUUUAUAUACCAGUGAAGCAGAUAUUAAUUUAACGUCAUCUACAUCUUUAUCUCCUACGAUGAAAAUAAAGCGAGUUCACUUUGCUCCUUUGCCUAGUCAGAUAUCCACAAUUAUGAAAAACGAUUCUAAUAUUCUGAUCGAUUUAAUCGAAGCUGAUAAUGAUAUUGCGGGCAAAUUACGCAUUGAGUUACAAAAAUGUUUACAGAGAUUAAAAACAGAAAGUGCGGAAAUAUUUGACGUUAAUUUAUCAUCUGACGAUUCGGUGAUUGAUGCUCUGUCAAAGCAAAUUUCUUGGACAACUAAAAUUAAUGAGGAACUUAAUGCUAGACUUUCUGAGGCUGAAAAUACUAUUGAAGAAUAUCAAGAUGAAUCACAGCAAUUAAAAUGUAAAAUAAUGGAUCUUCAGCAAAAAUUAAUAGCCAUUGAUACCCGAAAAGAAAUUAUUUCUGAAGGGUAUGGUGAACAGGACAAUACGGAAAGAGAACUUGUUGUACAAGACUUCAACCAAUUACAUGAAAGAGCGAGACAAGCGAUUAUGAAUGGAGCCGGUGAUAAUUCAUACUUACUUCAAUUGAUUGAAGAAUUAUGUAGAUAUCACGACAAACAAUCAGAAGACAAUAGAAAAGAAAAAGAAGACUUACAACAACAGCAGGUGUUAAUGUCCCCUCCUUCCCCAAGCAUAUCAAGGGUUCGAUGUCAAAAGAUUGAAGCGGCGGAUAAGCAAUUACGUUCAACUCGUAAGUUCCUCGAGGAGCAAGCUAGUGAGCGUGAGAUUGAACGCGACGAUGCAGCACGACAAAUACAAGCGUUACAAGAACAUCUUAAAGAACGCGAACGCGAGAAGGAACGCGAUUUGCGUAUUUCAUCUGAGGUUUUUAAUCAUUUAUCAUUCACUUAUUGUGGUGUAUAAAAGAGUUAAUAAAUUGGUAGAGCUGGCUGUCGAAGGAUUGGAGCAACAAAUACGUGAAAUGUCUCAGACAAUACAAGACUUGGAAUCAAAGAAAACCGCUGUCGAUGAUGAAUUAAAAGCAGCUGUUGAUAAAAUAUGGGAACUUCGAGAUAUUAUCGUGAGCUUGGAGGCCCAACUUGAAUCAAAAACCGAGAUAGAGAAACAUUUGUUAAAUCAAAUUGAACAGAACAAGGAAAUAAUUUCCUCCCAGAAUCAGCAUAAUCAGGAGUUGGCGCAAGAGUUAGAGGCUCUGAAAUUGGGUGGUGAGAAUACACAAGAUGAUCAUAUAAUUCAUUUGCAAGAAGAACUAAGAAAGCACAAAUUAAGUACAGAACACUUUAAUGUUAAUUCUACGGCUUUGAGGCAAAUGAAAUCUGAGCUACAAGAUAUGCAAAAUCACUUAGAUAAAAAGACUAAGGAAUUAGAAACACUUCAUAUGUGUGGUUCUAACUUGAGUAUUAGUCAACCCAGUGAAGAUGUUUCUAUACGCGAUCAAAUUGACGCUACGAGAUGUCCUACACCUGAUGAUCCUAAUGCACCGCCUACUCUACCGCUUGACCAGCUUCUUAAAUUAAAAGAUAAAUUGUUAAAACACACUCGAGCUGAAGAAGUCGCUCUCAAACGGAUUAAAGACCUUGACAUGCAAUUAUCUACUUUGAAAAUUCAAAAUGAGGAGUUGCAAGCAGAGCAAGAAAUCUUGCAGCAAACAAAUUCAGAGCAGCUGUUUCAAAUCGAAGCUAUGCGCGGUCGAUUGGAGCAGUAUAAACAGAGUGCACCGUUUGCUCAACGACAAGCUACGUCACGUCUUGAAUUACAGUUGCACGAAGUCAAUACUAAAGUUCAUUCAAUGGAGCAGGAAUUAGCUAACAAGGAUCGUGAGCUACUCGACGUAAAAUAUCAGCUUGAACGUACGUCUCAGUUAUUGCAGGAUAAACAGGACGAGCUUUUUACAGUGGUACAAACGGAGAAUGACAUAAUAAAUGAGUUGAAAAAUCGCGUUGAAUAUCUAGAGCAGGAAAAACGUGUGUUGGAAACUAAAUGCAGUAGUCAAGAACGCGCGCAACAAGAAUUACCGCAAUUGAUUGAGUCAAUGCUCACUGACAAGAAUGAAGAGAUUGAUCACCUCAAAGAGCAAUUGUCGAAAAAAGAGAAGCAGUUUGAAGUAUACGCUUCUUUACAGAUGGAAGAAGGCAACCUUCAACGUGGUAAAAAUGAGCCGAAAAACAGCGCAAGAACGUUGAGUGAUAUAUUAUCAAUACACUCAGAGUGUGAAGAAAUAUCCGAAGCGAUUCGUGAGGGCUCUAAUGUUUUACAUAACACCGCUUUGAAUAUAUCUUCGGCAAAAGCUCCGGGUUCAUUUGUUACAAAUGAUCAGCUUGACGGGUCAUCUGUUCCGUUUAUGGAUUUACAAAAAUCAGAUUUAAGGAUUCCACCACUUGAAUUAAGCAGUCAUCCGUACAGUUUCACAAGCUCUCAGCAUGUUUCACAGCCGCAGUUAUCUGCUAUUGAAUCAGUACACAGCGAAGGAGAAUUUAAUUCACCAAAGCGUAAUAGUAGUGUUCUAUCUGAUGGAGCUGGAGGAUCGACGAGUAAAAAUAAACAGUCGGGUAGUUUGUCAAAGACGGAUAAAAUAACACCAACGCGCACCAAGUCAGUAUUAGUAGGGUCUAGUUUAUCACAACCGUGUAUUGAAGAUUUGGAAAAUCAAUUAAAAGCUAUUCACAACGAGUUGCAAGCAAAAUCGGCAACUUUGAGCAAACGCGAAUUGGAACUCGAUGCUUUGCAAAAAAGUCUUGAUGAAUUGCGAGCUGAAUUUAAAGAUUCUAUUGAUACGGUUACACGUGAUAAAGUAUUUUAUAAAAAUCAGUAUGAAUUAUCGCAGGAGUCGGAAAAGAAAAUUCGAAAUGAUUUGGAGGAAGUUGAAAAUAUACUGAAAAUUCGUAAUGAAGAGCUGGAAAUUUACAGAGAUAAAUUACAAUCAAAUGAACAAGUACUUCACGAAUUGCAGAAUGAGAACGAUACUUUGAGGAAAGAUAUUAGAAAAAUAUGUGACGAUAAUAUGGCGUAUCAAACGACAAUACGUGAAAAAGUUCAAGAAUUGAAAAAUUUGAAAGAUAUUAUUUUUGAGAAAGAUAUUACAAUAGAAACUAUUAAAACUCGUAAUGUUGAAAUUGAAAAUGAGAAUAAACAGCUGUAUACUUUUAAGACUAAAUUUGAAAGCUGUCGCAAAGAUUUGAUGGACAAGCAGAGUGAUAUUAAACGUUUGACUGACGGGUUAAAUAGCCGGGAUGAAUUGAUUCAGCGGUUGGAAGAAAUGGCAAGGCGUAGGAGUUUAUCUAACACUUAUCCUAUGACUGAUAAAGAUCAGGAGAUUCAUCAUUUGCAGGAGUAUAUUAAGGAAAAGGAUAAAGUAAUAAAACAGAUGACCGAUGACAGUAAAAGUUUACAGCGUUCUUUAGAAACUAUUCAAAGUAAAAUAAAAGAAUCUGGCAACUUUAUCGAGCUAAGAAAAAAACUCAAGGAAGAAAGGAUGUUUAAUGAUGAGUUGACUAAAAUGGUGGCUAAGCUGAAACAAGAAUUAGAAAUUUUGAAAGACGAAUCUGUUAGACAGUCAUCGGAAGGCGCUGAUAUUGAAGAUAUGGUGCAGCGUGAAUUGAAUUUAUCCGCUGAUUUGGAUAGAAAAAUAUUGGACGCCAUUGAAAAUGAAUCUGAAGAAUUAACGUUGGGUCGAAGAGUUGAUCACGCUUGCAACUCAAUUAAACCCUUCGAGCAAGAUAUUGAAAAAAUAAUGCAACAGUACUCUGAUAUUCGACGAAAAUUAAAGCAAGCUAAUAAAUUGAAUGAACAGUUACUGCAUGAAAAGAAUGAACUGGAGAUCGAACAAGAUAUAUUAAAGUCACAAAUAAUGGAUUAUGAAAACAGAAUCCUGGAAAUAAAAUCAGAUCUUGACGGUGAGAAUAAGAAAAAUAUGGCUUUAGUUGAAGAUUUAUCGGUACAUAAGAUAAUGAUUCGUGAUUUGCAAAUACAUGUACAAAAAGAAAAAAAUAAAUCACGUAGAACACAAAUGGAAGACGCUGAUAUUAUAAAAGAAUUAAGACUACGUUUGACUACAUCGUUGGACGUAGAGAAAGAAUUAAGAGAUAGUUUAGCCACUGCCAGACAAAAUUACAAGUUGUUACAGGUUAAAUUGAAUAAUCUUAAAGAAACGAUAGAACCCGAGCGGUCGGCUAAUAUUUCUUCGUCGCCUGAGUUACAGGAAGCUGAGAAAAACGACUUGAUGAUGGCUGAAAAGUAUGAGAAGGUUGUAAGGGAGCUUAUUGAAUUGCAAGAUACAUUAAAAAUAAAUCAAGCUGAGAAAAAUCGUUAUGAAAAGCAGCUGGAAAUUGAGUUAGAGGAACGAGAACGUUUGUUGAGUCAAAUAGCUCUUGUUGAAAGUAGCAAAGAGCAUCUGGAGAUUGAGUUAAAACGGACUAAAGAAGAGCUAAAGAGCUAUCAAGACGAAUCUAAAUGGCUGAAGAAACGUUUGGACAGUGUUCUAGAAGCCGAUGAAAAGAAACAAAGUCAGCGCAAUGAUGAACAAAAUGAGUUGAAGAAUUUGAGACACGAGCUUAAGAACACCAAAGAAGUGAUGCGCGAUCUGGAAAUCGAUUCUAAGGAAUUAAAACGACAGUUGGAAAGAGCGCAAACCGAGCAAGAUCAAGUGACUUAUGUACUGGCUAACUUGAGGAAAAGCGAGAGUGCGCUUCAGAAGAAAUUAAACGCUGCCAAGAAUGAUGAAGAACGUUUGAAGGAAGUGAUUGAAGAGCUCCGGGCAGAACUGCAAGCUAGAUUUAACAGAGAGCUAGAGUUGUCGAAGGGAUUUUUACAAGAAAACUCUGCUGGAGAUAAAAAUAUGUCUGCUAAAUUAAUCAAUCAAAUCAGUGAACUGACCAGUGAAAAUGCAAGAUACUCGCUUGAGAAAGGAGUUUUACACGAUAAAUUAAUUAAAGCCCGGGAAGAAAUAGAAAGACAUGUCGUACGCGUCAAAGAAUUAGAAUUGAUGUUACAGCAUAGUGAUGGAGUUACGUCUUCGCAUGAUAAUAAUCAGCUGUUGAUGAAACUUCAGUAUAUUUAUGCGAAAUAUAUGCGUGUGGAUAGUAAAAGAAAGGCUUUGGCUUUUCAAAAACGCUACUUACUCUGUGUCAUUGGUGGGUAUCAGUUGUCUGAAGAUAAUGCGAGGUCAAUGUUGGCGAAAUUAACUUCUGUGGAACGUUCAUUCAUAUCUGAGCAGACACUCCAUGUUGUAAAAACCUGUCCUAGAGCGCGUUUCAGAUCGGCCGUAUUGCUUGUUAUUGGCUUACGUCGUAUGAAAUGGAUGGUACAGAGAUGGAGAAGUGGUAAAAGAAAACCAGCUCCUACAAUGCUUACUCAAUCAGAUCAAACUUAUCCACAUUUACGAGUCCAUCUCGCAAAUCAGUUAUUAUCUAAUAAUAAGGAUAAUCCUAGACACAGUUCAACUACAGCUACUUCUACUUCCGCUAAUCCUGAUAAUGGUAAUCCCUUGGGAGGUAUUGAUUAUGAAUAUUACGCUCAGCGAUUUCAUAACAUCGAAAAUAUCCUUGGGUUGGCCAUGAAUGAAGCUGAUUCCAAUAAUCCAGUGACUAAUUAA